AUGGUUUUCGGACACAGAUGCAUUCUUCAAACCGACCACAAGCCGUUGCUGAAAAUAUUUGGAAACACGAAGGGUAUUCCAGUUUACACCGCAAAUCGUCUACAACGCUGGGUACUCACGCUAAAGCUUCAUAACUUUGACAUCCAGUUCGAGCCGACUGCAAGAUUUAGUCACGCUGAUCUGCUGUCACACCUAAUGAGUUCGAACAGUGGACCGGACGAAGACUACAUCUUCGUUGCUUUGCAAAUCGAAUCGAAUUUUAAAGUGAUCCUCAACGACUCCAUUUCUGCCUUACCGGUCACAUCUGAAAUGAUAGUCAAGGAGACAAGCCGCGAUUCAGUCCUACAAGGGGUGAUCCAGCACAUCAAUCUAGGUUGGCCGCAAACUGCAACUCAACCACAACAUCCAGAUAUUCGUCAGUUCUUCACCAGGCGAAAUAGCCUGCAGAUCGUUCAAGAUUACAUAAUGUGUGGUGAUCGGGUCGUCAUUCCAGCACGUUUCCGGAAGCGACUUCAUUUACUGGCUAAACAUAGACGACGACGUAGAAACCUGUGUUUGACAUUGCAGUUUCUGUGCAGACGCCGCCGAAUCCCCGAGAAAACCAAUCUGGAGUCCUGGCCGAUUCCGUCGAAACCCUGUCCCGAAGUUUUCCGCACCCGCAAUACAACAACGACAGCAACACUGGAAAUUCUUGAAGAAACCUUCGCAAGGCGUGGCAAUCCACGAACCCUAGUGUCAGCUCCGUAUCACCCGCAGUUGAAUGGUCAGGCGGAAAGUGGACAGGCGAUCGUGGCGCUCCACCGGCCGAGUAAACUACAACGUUCUGUUGGAUACUCAUUACUCUCAUUUGCUCGCACGCAAAUCAACUGA